AGUUGGAUAGUUUACGCAGCCAUAUUGAAAAUCUACCAACUCUUUGUUUAUAUCUUUGGUUAUAUUUUACAGUUUUCACAUCUUUAGAAACUGCAGAACUAAAUUACAUGCUACCAUCAACUGCAUUAAUAAGCUUUCGAGUUAGAGAAAGAGCGCAAUGAGCGCCGAUAUGGGAGACGCGAAAGGUGGAGAAGCUGUUGAAGUGAAUGUCUUGGAUGAUAUACUGGAUGGACAUGUAGAUGAUGAACUUACAGCUGAAAUUGGAGAACAGGACAAAACUCCUGUAAAGAAACCUGUUAAGAGCAAACCAAAGCAAGCAUCUGCAAAGGCAAAGGUGGUCAAGCAGAAGCCAAAAACGGCCCGUCCUGUCAAGAAAGAGACAUCACAAAAAGUUGUAAAUGUCAAAAAAGAAGAUGCUGUUGCAUCAAUGACUUCUGAACAAAAAAUGACAGAGAGCCUGGAUGUCAUUGAAAACAAGGAAUCAAAGCCAACAAGCAAAGCCACUUCACAGAAAUCUGCCAGUGCAAAAAGCAAAGAGGAUAUCAAGUCCACUGAGACCAAUAAAGAAUCAAAAGAGAAGUCUUCUCCUGUGAAAGUGAUGAAGAAAGCUGUCAAGCGACCGGCAAAGAGUAAAGCUGUGGUGAAACCAGAAAAAGUGAAGAUUGCUGAAGAACCUAUCUCAGAUCCUGUUCCUAUGGAGGAAGGUAUUGAGAACAUAGCAGAUGAGUCUGACGACAAGCUGGACUUGCUAAUGGACGACAUUGAGACAAGACCAGUGGAGCAAUCAGUGGAUCAUGGGGACACACAGGAUUAUGACACACGGAGUGAAGCUGGAAGUAGUGCAGGGGAUGUUACCUCAUUCACAGAUUCUGGCUCAGAUGCUGAGAUGAGGAGUGAUGAUGAUAUGGAGGGACCCAGCAAGAGGAAGAAGAAGAAAAGAGGAAUUUCACCCAUUGAGUGGGACCGCAAGAGUGGCUUCAAGGGCGAGGAAGCAGAGCAUGGGGAAGAAGAAAAAGAUACAGAUGAGGAAGAGGAGGAAAUCAAAAGUGAAGAAAACGAUAACAAAAGCGACAAAUCUGACGACUCUACUCAAAGACGUAUGUAUUCCAAGCUGAAAUACCUGUUCCGAGGAGCACGCUACUUCCUGAUAAAGAGCAACAACCACGAGAAUGUAGCUUUAGCCAAAGCCAAAGGAGUUUGGUCAACACCUCCCCAAAACGAGGCUAAGCUGAAUCAGGCCUUCAGGAGCUGUGAUAAUGUGAUACUGAUCUUCUCUGUCAAAGAAAGUGGAAAAUUUCAAGGAUUUGCCCGCAUUGUUGAAGAAUCUACCAAAGACCACCCCCCUAUCCGUUGGGUUUUGCCUCCUGGGUUAAGUGCGAGGGCUUUGAGUGGUGUCUUCAAGCUAGACUGGAUCAACAGACGAGAGUUAUCCUUCACGAAGACAAGUCAUCUACAUAAUUCCUGGAAUGACAACAAACCUGUAAAGAUUGGCCGUGAUGGACAGGAAAUUGAAGCACGCUGUGGAGAAACUGUCUGCAAGAUGUUUCCUUCAGACAAUAAUGUUGAUCUGAGUGCAAUAGUUCGCAAAGCAAAGAAAUCGCGACAUGGAUCUCGUACGCGUGUGAUUGACCAACGACGAAGAGAACCUUUCAGAGGAGGGGGAGGAGCAUCAGGACCACGGAGAGGGGACUUCAAUAGAAGGCGGCGUUUCCGUGAUGACAUCUUUGAUAGCCCGAGAAGGAAGCGCUUUAGGAGUGACAUGGACCGAGACAGUGGUUUAUUCAAGGACCGCAGGAUGGACAACAGGACUCCACGCUAUGCAGGAGUAAGGCGGGACACAUUUAUAAAUGGGUCAAACUCUAGGCCAACUGUGUCAUCAGGGCAUUACCCAGCCCAGUCCUACAAUGACUACAUCCGUGAGUUUGCACAUGCUCGAGCUCCACCUCCACCAAUGCAUCACCCUUAUGGCCCACCGCCACCUGGAUUUGGACACAUGGAACCAAUGCCUCCGUAUCCUGGCCAUUAUGAACGGCCAAGAGAGUUCAUGCCUUCAGGACCAGACUACAGCAGCCAGGAUGCAGUAGCCUCACGUUCCAGAGUCACAGACAAAAGAUCGUAUGAAAGGGAUGUGGAUGAUUUCCUACGGCGAACUUCACACCCAAGUCGUAGCAGCCGGGACCGCAGCCGAGACCGGGACCGACAUCGCCACCGUGACCGACGGUGAUGAACAUUGUAUCUGAUAAGAGGAUCUGUCACAGCUGGUGUCUAAGACACUUUGAUAUAUUGUGCUGUGUGACUGAUCAGGGUUUUGUAACAGUCUGACAGUACAACAGUCUCGGAGGCUUUGUCUAGCAGUACAAUAUAUAUGUUGACACUGUAUAUGUGCACGUGGCAACUGACUUAUGUGUAACUGUCUUCAGCAAGCUUUCAUUAGACUGGGAACCUUUUCGUAGAUUAUUGCAGGUACAGCAUUAGUCCUCAUUAAUUUACUAAAAUCAAUCACAUUGUUUUGUAGUUCACCUGAGACAAAGUCAAAUAAGAACUAUUGCAAUCAACUUAGGUCCUUCGUCAUCCAUCCAUAAAUAAUACAUUACACAUUUUUAACUUCAUCUCCAAAUUAACAGAGCCGAUUUCAAUAAAAAAAAAUACAGGAAGCUUUUUUUCCGAAAGACAAACCAAUAUUGUGAAAACAUGGUAAUUGGUUACUGCCACAGAAGGGUUAGGGCUUUUGACUCCCCAAAAUAAGCUUUGGUUCUUGGUUUUUAACGUACAAAUCUAUUUGAAAAAUAUUUUGACUCUCCAAAAUUCAAGGAAAAUUCUAAUUAACUUCUGAAAUCCCUAAAUGUCAAGAAAAUUGGCCGGAAAAAAAAUUAAAUCUUCAGACCAAGAUGUGUUAGAAUCAAAUACUUUGUGGAGGGAACAGUUAUAAGGUGCUUUAUCAAAAUUAUGAAUUUCAGUACCAUAGUCACCAAUUUCUUUGUGAUAGUGCACUCGCCUUCAACAAGACAGCCAAGGUUUGAUUCUAUGAUUGGAUGUGAAAAGUUAUGGGGUCACCUACCCAACACUGUGGACUUUUUCUCUGGGGACUUCAGUUUCUUUCUUCAUUAUAACCCUUUGAAUGCUUCUAUCUAGGCCAAAAAGAAUGAUACAUUUAUUUAAGUUGGAAAACCUUGUUUCAUAACUUAUGUGAUAAAUAAAAAGUAAAUAUACAUCCCCCUGUGGCAAUUUUAAACUGUCAUGGGAUGAGGGGAAAUGAGUUUGACAAUGGUUAACAACUUCCCUAAAGGAAAUGAAACUACAGCUGUAUUAAAAUGUUGUAAUGAGAUAAUAAUGAUUAACUUUUAUAAUUGGUGUAAUGGAUAAUGGAGAAGACUUGAAUCGGCAAUGUAUGUUUCUGACCACCAGUGUAUAUGAUAUUUAGUUAGUCAGUCUCAUUUUUUUUGUCUCCGAUCCAUAGUUGUCAUAUUUACAUUACAUACAGUAUAUACACAAGUAUUGCCUUGUGUACAUGAUUAUUUCCUGGUCAUAUCAUGACAACAGAAAAUUAUAUUACAACUCAGGUGACUGCUAAAGCCUGUGGGCCUCUUGUUUUCUCUCUCUUAACAUAUUUGUGUAGCUAUAUCGCAAGUUGUUUUUCAUUGAUUUACUAUUAUCUUUACUACAUUGAAUUUUAUAUUUUUUAUGUGUAGCUAUGUGAUAAAGUUAAUAUUCAUUGAUUCAACAUUCUCUUUAUUGCAUUUUCAAUUAACUUACUUGUGCACCAUACUCAUAAUUUCACCCAUGAUUUUUAAAUAUAAGAGGCUCAUUAUUUUGUUUGCAUGCUCUGAUAGAGCCAGUUGCCGUUUUGUGUCGAUAUCAUUUGUACUAAGUAUGGUAAACCAUUUGUUAUGUAGCAUAAUGACUAUUCUUUUUGUACGGACGCUGGACAGUCCAACAUGUUAACUUUUGUGUUUACAGUGGUAAUUUUGCGUUUAUAGAAGUGUAAUGUUGCUAACUGUUUAGUCAGGGGACGAGUAUGGCAUUUGAUUAAUCAGAUUUUGGCAAAUGUUACACGUUUAUAAAGAGAUAAAAAGUUCAAAAGUUAGCAUCUUUAAUUAGAUACUCUGUAUUGUUGUAAAAUUGACUACCAGUGAUAAUUCUGUUGUAAUUUGCAUGAUAAGGUGUAUGAAGGUGAUGAAGUGAGAAAGGAAACGGUUUUGAUAAAUAUAUUGAAAGCA